AUGACCACCGCAGGCCCCUCCCGUCCAUAUCGUACCCGCGGCGCCGACACCUGGUCCCCUACGCGCUACCUCGAGCCGAACCACCCCGACAACGAAGAGGUCCUCGAGCAGGCAGCGUACCAAGCGGCUGUCACGAAGCAUGGGGGUGAUAAUCGCAAGACGCGGUACAAGCCGCGGAAGACGGUGGACUGGCAAGGGGGCGUGGUCAAGUGGAGGCAGUUGAGCAAGGUUAGGGGAGUGGAGGAUUGUUUGCCUGCGAUUAGGCCGACCCCGAGUGGGUUGAUAGGGCUCCUCCCACCCGCCGCCCACCCUCUCAACCCCUCCACCUCCAUCCUAGACCAAUUCAUCCACACCUCCAUCAACAAAGAGCGCUCCCCCACGCGCGUCGUCGCCUGGACGCCCGACUGCCGCCGCCUCUUGACCGGCAACGACAAGGGCCAAUUCACACUCUGGAACGGCGCUUCCUUCAACUACGAAUCCAUCACCCAGGUCCACGACGACAGUAUCCGCGCCAUGGCGUGGUCGCAUGAUGGCCAAGCGCUCGUAUCGGCCGAUAAGCUCGGCAUGAUCAAGUACUUUACGCCGCAUUUGACCAAUAUAAAUGGGUUCCAGGGGCACCGGGAGGCGUGCCAUGGGGUCAGCUGGAGCGCGAAUGAUGAGCGGUUCGUGACAGGGGGUGAUGAUGGGUUGGUUAAGAUCUGGAACUUUAGAGAGGCCAGAGAAGAAAAGGCGUUGAGUGGUCAUGGUUGGGAUGUACGCUGUGUGGAUUGGCAUCCGACCAAAGGACUCCUCGUCUCUGGCUCAAGAGACAUGCUCGUCAAGUUCUGGGAUCCCAGAACGGGCAAAGAACUCAGCACACUACACUCCCACAAGUCCACCGUCAACACCUGCAAAUGGGCCCCAUCUGGCCACCUAAUAGCCACCGCGGGCGGCGAUGGGGGCAUCAAGCUCUUCGAUAUCCGUACCUUCCGGGAACUCGAUACCCUCAAAGGGCACACCAAAGAAGUCAACACCCUCGAAUGGCAUCCCAUCCAUCACCAAAUCUUCUCAUCUGGCGAUUCGUCCGGCGCGAUACUGCACUGGUCCCUCCUCGCUGCCGACCCUUCAUUACCCUCCGCGAAUGUCGCUUCGGCGCAUGACGAGGCGGUGUUCAGUCUGGCCUACCAUCCGCUUGGUCACCUGCUCGCUUCGGGCAGUAAGGACUUUACGGCGCGAUUCUGGGGCAGACCAAGACCGACGGGAGGGCACGAGAAGGAUAGGUGGCAUGUUGGGGAGGAGGAGGCUAUGCGAGGCCAGGGAGGCGGAUAUGGACAGCAGCAGGGCGGAGGGUAUGGCGGUCAGGGUGGAUAUAAUGGCGGUGGCGGAGGCGGAGGUGGGCACAGAUGA